CGUCGCUACCGUCGCUACAUGAUUAAUGUGCUGCUACCUGUGCGUAAUUCACUAGAAACAGAACGGCAGUUUGAAUUUUUAUUUAUUUACGUUCCGUAAAUCCAAGGCGAUUUAGUUCUGGAUUAAUAUAACUUUCGGAUGGCACCGAAGAAAAGUGGGAGCGCCAAAGGUGCAACCAAAGCAAAGGAUGAGGAUGAAGGCAAGAGUGCAACGAAAGAAAAAAAGGGGGGUACUGCAGUAAAGGUUCGGCAUAUUUUGUGCGAAAAGCAAGGAAACGUGCUUCAGGCACUGGAGAAGCUGAAAGCUGGAAUGAAGUUCCCAGAAGUUGCAGCUCAAUACAGUGAAGACAAAGCAAGACAGGGGGGUGAUCUUGGUUGGAUGACAAGGGGCUCAAUGGUUGGACCAUUUCAAGAUGCAGCAUUUGCUCUUCCUGUGUCCACAGUAAACAACCCUGUCUACACAGAUCCACCAAUAAGAACAAAAUUUGGUUACCAUAUUAUAAUGGUUGAAGGAAAAAAAUAAAUGAUUUUUAUAACUUGGUUGUUUUCAAAUCUUUGCGCAAUUGCGAAGUAAUUUAAAAUAAGGUGGCUGUGAGUAGAUAUAAGGAUUAUGAGCAUAAAGAGUAAAGAAAGA